UCCUCAUCUUGCAUGAAAGAAUGCGAUAGUAAGUAUUGCUGAGGUACACAGCAAGGAAGCUUACGCAAUCAUUAGCGGGACAGAUCGUUUAUUCUACGAAUUCCAUAUUUGUUCGCAGCAACCUCACACAGGCGAUGGGACAUGUUGCAAUCGCAAUAUUAGCCAUAAAUUUCAACUACACCCUUCCCUCCUCCAACGGCUUAAAGCCAUCUGGAUUUCCCAGAAUCUUCUUGGCGAGUUUCGAUCUCCCUCCCAAUCAUCCUCUUUUGACAAUAUUCUGUACUUGCACCCAUAUCUUGGAGAUGGCAUGUAGUACGGCAGCAAUCGCGGCAUAAGUCUCGCUGUAAAUAUCAUCAUCUUCAGUGUGAUUAGAUUCUGGUCUCGGAUUGUAAUACGGAUGAAUUUUCUCAUUGUCGCCAGCUCCAGUUUAAGAGAAUGAGGGCAUCCAAAUGCUAGCGUAAGGUAUUACAAGCAUUCUUAUUGGCCAUCACAUGGUUCUUUUCUCAUCGUACAUGCCUCCCUGGGUAAUAUCUAACUAGUUGUGGUUUAAGUAUCAAUAUGAGCAUCAUCGUUAUUUACCCAGUACCUAUCAAAGCAAGGACAAUUCAUGAUAUUAAAACUCUUUGGGAAGCAACUUCCAAAUAAAAACUUUAGUUCAUCUUCUGACACAAUCUCUUUCUCGGUUUAAGAUCGUUAAAAAAUCACACAACACCAAAACCAAGCUUCUUUAUAUCACAUCAAGAAUUGACCAAAUAUUCAAGUUCGAACAUUCAUUCUUGACCAUGGCAGCCACAAGUACUGGUACCGGGCAACCAACUAGCAUUGCAACUAAACUUUUCUCAACUCAAGAAAAUGUCAGCCUCAUCGGCAUACCACAACUAGGAUUUGGAGUCUACCAAUGCAAAGGACAAAAAUGUAUCGAUGCUGUCACCGCCGCGUUGAGAGCCGGUUACAGGCACAUUGAUACAGCUCAAUACUAUGACAACGAAAAGGAAGUUGGUCUCGCUGUCGCAGACUUUAUGAAAGAAACCGGCGUAGAACGCAAGGAGAUAUUCAUCACAACCAAGAUCCUCACACCCGCUGGAUCAGUUGAAAAAUCUUUUGAGAAAUGUCUGAAGAGUAUUGAAGCUCUCGACAGUGAGAACUGUUACGUUGAUUUGUUCUUGAUCCACAGCCCAAACUGUGGAGCUGAAGGUCGUUUGGAGAUGUGGGACGCCCUCCACAAACUGUACAGUCUUGGAAAAUCGCAUAUGAUUGGAGUUUCGAACUUUGGUAUUGGACAUAUCGAAGAGUUGGAACUUGCCAGACCUUUUAUUUCUCCUCACGUGAAUCAGAUAGAGUUGCACCCUUUUUGCCAACAGCGAGUUAUAGUUCAAUACUGUAAGAUCAACGGCAUUCAUGUUGAAGCUUACUGUCCAGUGGUCAGAAAUCAGAGGAGCAAUGAUCCAGUUCUUCAAUCGAUCGCAACGACUCACAAUAAAACUGUUGCUCAGGUAUUGAUACGAUAUGCUUUGCAAAAGAAAUGGAUCCCUCUUCCAAAGAGUGAAACUCCAUCGAGAAUCGCCGAAAACGCUGAUGUUUUCGACUUUGACAUCUCCGAAUCGGAUAUGCGUCGUUUGGAUGCACUGGAUGAAGGCAGCGAAGGCUCCAUUGUCCAAGCUGUUACAAACAGAUGAGGAAAUUCAGAUUACUGUUCAUCAGCCUGAUAGAAUGAAUCUGGUGUACUUACACUUUGACACUUUGAGCUCAUGUAUCCAAUAGGUUGUUCAGAUAUCUAUUAUGCAAAACAGCACAGGUCAGGAGAAUGAUUCGCGAAGUUCUUGAGAGGCAACUUCUUUAUAUGCAUUAUACCAAAACAUUAUUUAGCAAGUCUUCAGAAUAAAUUUUCAAAGAUUCUUUUGCUCUAUUUAUGUUGCUUUGUAACGGUCUACUUAAUUAUUUCGCAUCCCACAAUUGAAGCAGCCGCAGCGUAUGUUGGGUUUGUUGGUUGUGAUCCUACCUACGGCC